CUGGCACAAGCCACUCUCACACUUUGCAGGUUCUGUUCUAGCCAGAGGUUGGAGCAGACCUUUUAGCUCACCAGGUGUCAAAAUCCAUUAUCAUUUGGGAGGGAUGCACUGUUUGAGACAUGCUGUACAAUGGCUCCAACUCAGGGCAUACCUGAACUGCGGCAGGACUUUUGGCAAGACCCGUGCUGCUAACACCUGUGACAUCUGAAAAACGGUGAGGAUGAAAGAUCAUCAUCCAUUUCUCCUUCCCCCCCCUCCUUUUUUUUCCUUUUCUUCUUUUCAACAAUGUCAUCACCCAAUAGUGGUGGCUGUUCCUUUCCAUUGCCCACUCUGACCUGCUGCCAGGUGUUCUCCUCCAAGCCCUACUCCUGAAAGUCUGCACACACUGUACCGCAUUAGUGGUUCUUACCCACAUGGAAAAAGAGAUCUAGCUCAGUCCCUGGAGACAUACUUCCUUGUGGCAGCAGAGCUUGAGAUACUAAUAAAAGGCAGAUACCUGCUGCCUCUUUCAGUACAAAAAUUCCCCACACUCCCUGGGGAGAGAAGUCCAGCCAGUGAUGGACUUCAAAACCAAAUCUCCCACUUGGCAAUUGGUAAUAUUCUAAAUCUGCCCACAUACAGGAAACAAGGCAACAAUACCCUGUAAAAUGCUGCUUGUACGUGGCCUCUUUGCUCCAGAAUUAACAGCCCACAACAGCUUGCAGUUAACUGUUGCAUGGUUUGAAAAGAAACGCACCUUUCCAGGACAUGUGGACUGUUUAAUGAUGCUCCAUAGUCACAAGUCUGUUGUCUCGAAAAAGUACAAGGUUAUACACAGCUGAUCUGUCUUAGGGGCAGGGAUCCUCACUUGUCCCAAAGUCAAUUGUCAGCCUGUGUUUAUUCAGCAGGGGUACUUGCUGACCCGUCGCAGGCUCUGUGAGCCAUCAGUAAAAUCAGAAGGAUUUAACAUGAUAUGUUUUCUCUGGCUUUGUUUUUGGUGAUUUGCCUAUAAACAUUGCUUUAAACUUUCUUAUGGCUUCACUUAAGACACCACCUUUCAGGAAAAAAUCCAAGUAUUUUGCAAGCACUGGUAUUACAUUCUCAGCCUUUUAAAGUUCUCUGCACCACAGGCUGGAUAUCAGUCAAUAACCCCAUGUUUCUGUACAAUUGCUUCCUGCAAGGCUGAAAAAAUGUGAGUGGCCAGAAUUAGAGUCGGUUCAGCUUUUUCCAGUACAAGCAUUUGCAUAUGCUUUUUAAAAAUAUGACUUUCAUCUACUGAUUUAAUCAUGUCAUUCCUCAAAAUUCCACUAAACAUCAGCAUGUGGAAAUGAAUGUUCUCACGUUGCUUAAGAUCUUAAGGUAAGUUUUCUCCAAAGAGUUUUCAUAUCCUGGAGGAGAGGAACAGUUUUGAAAUUUGUCCUGAAUGACUUUUCCCCUUUUCUGCCAGCUCAUGUGAAAAUUACACAGAACACAGGCUCAACUGGUAUCUGAAGGAGUGUUCUCACUUACAGGACAAAUAGCUGCAGCUUCUUAAGGAAAGUAAUAUUUUGAGCAUGGAAAUUCAAAGACUUCCUACCUAAAUAACUCACAGAACUCUUUCCUGAGAAAAAUCAGUUUUUGUUUUGUUUUUUAAAUCCCAGUUUUAAAAAUAAACAUUUAUAUUGCUAACAAAAGUGACUUGGAGGCUCCUCAUGGAUUAUUUUUUAAAUCAAACCACUGAGAACUGCACACAUCAGGAUUAACAUCCAGUUUGUUGUAGCCUGGAACUGUGCCAUGUGAUACUGCAGUGAUUUCAGUAUUCCAAGUUUUGGCCUACCAUAGUCUUACAAAUAAAGGCUACAUUUUUCUUCUGAAACUUCUGAAAAUUAGUUUAUUAUCUUAUAAGGUCACAUUCAUGUUCUUAAUAUUGGUAGUUCCUCAGUAAGAUUUCACAUUUUAAGUGAUUUACAGAUACUUAGUAUACUUUUAAAUUAAAUAGACUUUCAUUCUACUUAUUACCUUAUUUGGGCCUUUAUUUAUUUAUAAUUAGGAGCCUUACUACCUCCUAGAGUCCCAAGUGUUUCUGUACUAUCCAAUUUUCUUACAGAUGAAGAUGACUUUCUCCGUGCAAGAAGAUUUCUGAUUUGCUGACAGCACCAGUUAAACCAUGAGUGAGUGAAACAAGAAAUCUAGCACAGGCUUUGAAUCUCAUGCUUAAUAUAUUCAUUAAGGUUAUGAGACCGGGAAGACACAGCACAUUUUAUCAAUGUGAUUAACACAUCCUUCCAGAAGUUAUCUGUGGCUGGGGAAGCCCUUCUUCCACUGGAAGGGCACCUCCUCCACUACAUGUGCUUGAAGCAGAAUCUGAACAGCCCAGCAUAAACAAGAGCAGACACCAGAGAAGCCAGAAAAUGAAUUCUGUUGCUGCCCAUCAGGAACAGACAGGAAUGGUGCAGAACAAGAAAUGGGAGGAAGCAAGAUUUUAUACAUUACAACAGAGAAGAAAAAAAGAGAAAGGACCCAAACGGCCAAGAUAUCCUAUGGAUUUGACUGAAGCAUUCCAUGGCUGCCCUCCCUACCCCAAUCUCUUCUGAGUUCAUGCAGCAAUAAUAUCCAACUAACAAGUUUAGAAAAUGAAAACAAGCCCAUGCUUUCUAAAUAGAGCUGAAAUUCAGUGUAGAUGGAUUAUACACAGAAUUAACUGAACUUUGAAAAAAAAAAAAGAAACAACAAACCAAAACCACCCAGAGGUCACUGAACUAAGUAACAGACAGAAUAAAACUGAAGUUAAGCCUCCUUUUAUUUUGUGCAUGCAUGUGCAGGUUGUGUUAAAGUUGGAAGACUGCAGAAAUUUGGUACCACCUGGAGGACCAAAGGCAUACUUCCAAUGCCGGUGAGGCUAGACUGGGGUUCGCUGUUGCACCACUCAAGUUCCACAAAGCCAGAAGCACUGGUGGCAAGAACUACCACAAUGCUCCCAUCUGCCACCCCUCCUACAGCUAAUUCUUCAAGUCACACCUCCAUCAAAAAUUCUACUUGUUCACAGACUAAUGAUUGUCAUUUGCUUAAUCAGCUCCAGGGCUGGGAUAACAAGCUGUGUUUGGAAUCACUGUGUUUUCUCAUUUCUGGAAUAAAUUUUUCUGUCAUUUUCUGGUUCACUGAAGAUUUCUAAGAUCUCACAUUCACAAGCCCUGGUCCUCAUGGGGGGACUUCAGCCACCCUGAUAUCUGUUGGAGGGACAACAUAGCAGGGCAUGAGCAAUCCAGGAGGAUGUGUUGAUAACUCCUUCUCCAAGUGACAGAGGAGCCAAAAAGGAGGGGUGGCAAGCUGGACCUUGUUCUCACCAACAACGUGCGGACAGUGGGGAAACGUGAAGCUCAAGGGUAGCUGCAGUGACCAUGAAAUGGUGGAGUUCAAGAUCCUUAGGACAGCAAGGAAGGUGCACAGAAAUCUUACUACCAGAUGAUCUUUAAGGUCCCUUCCAACCCAGACCAUUCUAUAAUUCUAUGGUUGUCUCCUUACUGGAAGCCUCAUAAUUCUGCAAGAAUGAAAACCAAGUUGGCCUGCCUUCUUGUUCUUGCCAUUAGUGUGACCCUGUCCAAUGCUGCUUGCUUCUUUGAGCUAUUGAAGCCAGGGAUAUCUGAUGGUGAGAUCAUAGGCUGCCGUGACUCAAAUGGAGAGGUGCAUAAAUUUGAUUCCCACUGGAGAAAUGCAGACUGCUAUGAUUGCACCUGUUCCAGGGAUGGAAUCAGCUGCUGCUCCAGCUUUGCAACACCAGUUGGCUAUGAUAAAGAGAAGUGUAUAAGCAUUUUCAACAAGGAGGAAUGCACUUAUAAAGUAGUGGAGAAAGAUGAUCACUCAAAAGAAUGUCCAAUCCAUGAGUGGGUGGGCUAACAGAGAAGGACUGUGCUUUUGGAGGAUACUUGGUUUUUUUGUUUUAAGGGUUGUCUCUCUCAUAAAUUCAGAAACACUGAAAAAUGCAGCUGUUGAGUGAAAUCUACUCAUAAAACCUAACACAUAAUAAAACUGAAUAUCUACUCACAAAAGACUCCUUGGUUUCUCUGCCUUCUGCUUCCCCAUGAAGAACUUACUUGUUCCUUCCUUCAGAGCAGAAAAUUAAAGCCAACAUUCUUAAGCAUCCUCAGUAGCUGCUAAUUUUAAUUCUUCUCCAGUCACACUUCAGUGCCAAGGAGUGUAUUCUGUUAGCUGUGCACAGCUGUAUCUUAAAGCUAAAAUAA